UUUACAGCUCAAUUCACAUGUGGGACAUAAUAUUAUAUGAUUGAAUGUAAGAGUCCUCUUAAAUUCUUCAACACAAUAUGCACAUUAAUAUAUAAUUGCUGAAUAUUAUGCUUUGACAAUGAGCACCGUAAUAUUGAACGAGUGGGGAAAUGAAGAAAUCGAUCGCAUUCCUUGUAUGUGCAAUAUGUAUCACAAUAUACCAGAGUAAUGGUAUCAAACUAAUCGACAUACCAAAAGAAUAUAUCAAUCGCUUGGACCUCAGAUCGCGACUCUAUCAGAGAUACAAAGUCAAACCUUUCAGACCCUUGAGCUCAAUGAAACAGAUUCAAGCGAGAAGACAGGGCGCAGACACGGACCAAAUAAAUAAAGUAAUGGAUAAUACAAUGAAGGAAAAGAUUGGUUUUAUUAUCGAGCAGACGAUAAACGAUGCACGCAAGGAACUGGCUGGUAUAGACGAUUUAAAAGCGCAAUAUAACCGAACAACGGAGUACAGAAUAGGAUUCCUCAUGUACAUGGUAAAGCGGUCCCGAGACGUGAUGAGCGAGCUCUUCACCGUCGCCGUGAACCACAAGGAGGACUGGAAGGCCCUGGACCACCUGAAGAUCUUCGAGCUGAUCAUUCACACUAACGUGGAUACCAGCAACCUGCUGCGUCAACUGCUGGAUAUAGCUAUCCAGGAGGCACCCAAGAAGGAGCGCUCGGAGGACCGGCUUAGAAAAUUAAGAGUCGCCUUGCUAUAAGCAAUGGAGUUUCAUUUACUAGCCUCUGUCCUACUUCUGCACUAAUUUGUAACCCCAAUUUCACUGCUUUUUUACUAAGUUGUAAAAAUGGCCGCCAUUUAGAUUUUUUUUUGGUAAUAUUUAAUUAAAAAUCCGUAAACGCUCUUUCACCAGUGUCUGAUCCACCAAGACUCGUGUCGAUUUAAAACACUCCCUUCGGUCGUGUUUUAAUUUAUCGCCACUCGUUUCAAAUUUCCUAUUUUACGCACUUGUAUGUUAAUGUACUAUUAUAAUACAGUUGCUCAAAAAGUACUACUUUACGUAGCUGUUUGGCGUGCGGAAAGUUGGAUUUCGCGAACUAGUGCUUUUUACUUUUCCACUUGUUCCAAUUCAUGACUACUUAUUAUGAGUGUUAAUGUUAGUUUCCUUUAAAAGUCAUAAUCAAUAUAAAACCUACUGUUAAAGUAAAAAUAAUAAAUAUAAGCAUAUUUCA